AUGGUCAACUUCAAACUUUUGUCUUGUUGGCUUAUUAGCCUGUCGAUGCCAUUGUUGGCUUUCGGCACACCGGUCGUUAGGGACUCAGUGCCUAACUAUCCGGCUGAUGACCCCUUCUAUGAGCCUCCUAAGGGAUUCGAGAUUAUGGCGCCGGGCAGCAUUUUGCGUUAUCGGCAACUGUCAUCUCCCAUCGCAGCGUUUAGUACGUAUCAGAUCAAUAUUACGGCAGCGUACCAGAUCUUAUUCCGAACGACAAACACUUUUGGAGAAGCAGUGGCGACUGUAACUACCAUCUUAAUACCGUCCGGCGCAGACUUGACCAAGUUGCUUUCGUACCAGGUGCCACAAGAUGCGGCUAAUCCUAAUUGCUCACCAUCUUAUGCCCUUCUCCUAAAACAAGCCACAGAUAAGAUCCUUGGUCCCAUCAUAUCUUUUCCACAAUUAAACGCGAUAAAAUUUGCUCUCCAGAAGGGUUGGCCGGUUGCUAUACCUGAUCAUCUUGGUAGAAACUCUGCGUUCUUGGCUAAUCACUUCUCCGGCCAAGUGACUUUGGACAACCUCAGAGCAGCUCUGGGAUCGACUAAAUUCACAAACAUCUCAUCAAAUGCGACCAUCACCAUAUGGGGUUAUUCUGGUGGCAGUUUAUCCAGCGGAUUUGCUGUUGAGUUGCGGAAAGCUUACGCUCCGGAGCUCAAAAUUGCGGGGGCUGCUCUGGGGGGAACAGUUCCUGACCUUCUUGAAACGAUAUACACCACAAAUAAGGGAUUUUUUGCUGGACUGAUCCCCCCAGGAAUUCAGGGAUUGGCAAAUGAGUACCCCAUUGCCGCCAAUUUGGUUGCCAGCAUUUUGCUGCCGUCCAAGGCUGAGUUGUUUAACAAAACAAAAGGCCUCUGUCUUCUGGGUAACAUUAUAACAUAUGCGAACCAGGAUAUAUCCUCAUUUUUCAGUGAUCCAAACUUCUUUACCAAGUCACCAGCCUCUGUAUUGCUCGACGCCAAUAAUAUGGGUCAACGUGUGCCGGAUACACCGCUGUAUAUCUAUAAAUCUAUCACGGAUGAGGUAAGUCCGGUUAACAACACGGACGAGCUUGUCUCAAAAUUCUACUGCCCUGGUGGCGCGAGAGUACAAUAUGUGCGUACUAAGGGCACGACCCAUGUGACUCUGGCUUCUCUUGGUACACCGCAGGCUCUCAUGUGGCUGGAAGACCGUAUGAAUGGCAAACCGGUAGAUGAUGGUUGUUCGCAAUCCACCGUUGUCAUAAAGCAGACAGGCCAAGAUGCCCUCAGGGGGUGGCGAUAUAAUAUGGGCUUAUAG